AUGUGGAUCUACAGCACCAUAUCCUCCUCUCUCCUUGACACUAUUCUCAAGACUCGAGAGAUCUGGGUAUCCAUUGAGAAUCUCUUCCGAGACAACAAGGAGGCUCAAGCUAUCCAACUUGACAACAAACUCCGCUCACUCACCAUCAGCGAUCUCUCGGUCCAUGACUACUGCCAGAAGCUGAAGACUCUCUGCUCACUCACCCCUAUCACCGAACGUGUACUCGUUAUGCAUAUGCUCAAUGGUCUCACCGAGAAAUACGAAAACAUCGUCAACAUCAUCAAACAUCGUCAACCCUUCCCAUCGUUUGCCACUGCUCGCUCCAUGCUCGCCGAGGAGGAACGACGUCUCUCCAAACAGGUCAAAACAACCUCCGCCUCGCUUGAUUCCUCCUCACACAGUGCGCUCUACACAUCCUCCGGCCAUAACAGCAACAACUCUCAUCGUGACAACAACUCCAACAGAGGUCCCUACAACAGCGGUAAAAAUAACAACGGUUGA